GGGGCGUUCAAGGACCACAACGACUAGAUUUGUAAGGCUUGCUCGGCGCCGACUCCAGGUUUAACCGAGUGGCGAGAGGCGUUCGCGGAGCCGCAUUUAAACACAGCAAAUGGUGGUAAAACCCUGCACUGGAGCAAACUGCCAGUUUAGGUCAGGGCCGCGGAGCAAUAGACCCAUCCCCUCUUGUCAGACAGCGGUUAGGGAGGCGUCCAGGUUUCCACCCCUUCGCGGACUAGUGUAGGGGCGGCAGCAGCUCAGCUAACGGACUAAAAUCGGGAAUGGCCCCUCUCCCUUUGGAUACGCAGGUUUUGAAAUAGCCGUAUGGCUACGGCUUUUUAAUAGAACGCUUUAGCGCUCGUUUGUUUUCCACCUCCAUGGGCCACGACUACUUCCUGGUGAUACAGCGAGAGGCAGUGCUGAGUUAGAUAUAGCAGAGAGAGAGAGAGUGGGGCCGGGGAUAGCAGUGUUUGGCUAGGAUUCACGGACAUUGCAAAGGCCUCUCAUCUCUCUUAUUUAUUUCCACCAUUUUUUACCAUCACAUCUCCAGUCUGCCAUCUCGGUCUUCCCCCCUUCUCUCGGCUGCGUCGUACACCACCAGGCGGAUUUGAUGACGCUUGGCUGCGGCUAAAAGCGGAAUCUUAACGGGGAACGGCUUUCUCCUUUCCCGAGAAGCCGCUCGGAGACAGAUAUUCUUUUUUUUUUUCAAACACUCGACUCAUUCCGCCACCAUCGUUAAAGCCAGAUUUUUUUACGUUUUUUGUUGGCGAAGGAAGGGCGACGGAAGAUGGGUUGUUUGGGCAACAGCAAGACAGAAGACCAACGCAUCGACGAGAAGGCUCAGCGAGAGGCUAAUAAAAAGAUCGAGAAACAAUUGCAGAAGGAGAGACAAGCGUACAAAGCUACACACAGGCUCUUAUUGCUGGGUGCUGGAGAGUCCGGAAAAAGCACCAUUGUGAAGCAGAUGAGGAUUCUCCACGUCAACGGCUUCAACGCAGAAGAAAAGAAACAGAAAAUCCAGGACAUUCGGAAAAACGUGAAGGAUGCCAUAGUGACAAUAGUGUCAGCGAUGAGCACUUUAAUACCCCCAGUCCCACUAGCCAACCCCGAGGACCAAUUCAGAAUCGAGUACAUCAAGAGCAUAGCACCUCUCUCCGACUUUGACUAUUCCCAGGAGUUCUUUGACCAUGCAAAGAAGCUGUGGGACGAUGAAGGGGUGAAGGCAUGCUUCGAGAGGUCCAACGAGUACCAGCUCAUCGACUGCGCACAAUAUUUCCUGGACAGAAUUGACUCUGUAAGGCAGAGCGACUACACACCAACAGACCAGGACCUGCUACGCUGCCGAGUGUUAACUUCAGGGAUUUUCGAGACAAGGUUCCAAGUAGACAAAGUCAACUUUCACAUGUUCGAUGUUGGCGGCCAGAGAGAUGAGAGGAGAAAAUGGAUCCAGUGCUUUAACGACGUCACGGCCAUCAUCUUUGUGGUGGCCAGCAGCAGCUACAAUAUGGUCAUAAGGGAAGACAACAACACCAACCGUCUACGGGAAGCCCUGGACCUUUUCCGCAGUAUUUGGAACAACAGGUGGUUACGCACCAUCUCCGUCAUUUUGUUCCUCAACAAGCAGGACAUGCUGGCCGAGAAGGUCUUAGCUGGAAAAUCCAAAAUCGAAGACUACUUCCCCGAAUAUGCUCGCUACACCAUACCAAAUGAAGCAAAUCCCGAACCCGGCGAGGACCCCAGAGUGACGAGAGCGAAGUUCUUCAUCCGAGACGAGUUUCUGCGGAUCAGCACGGCGAGCGGCGACGGGCGACAUUACUGCUACCCGCACUUCACCUGUGCCGUGGACACGGAGAACAUCCGACGGGUAUUCAACGACUGCCGGGACAUCAUCCAGCGAAUGCACCUUCGGCAGUACGAACUGUUGUGAUGGGAGCACGUCCCGUCUCGCUCUCUCUCUCUCUCUCUCUCCUCUGCCAUUCUGCACCCCCACCCCCUCCCUCUGUGGAGGACGAUGAAGUACUACUGAAGUGUGUCAAAUCCUCUUCUUUGCUUUUUUUUUAAUGAUUCUAAUAAUGAUGAUGGAUUAAUUUGACUGAGCUUAUUAUUUUCAUGUUUCCUUUUGAAGGCCUUGACUCGUCAUUCCACUAAGCUUCACGCUACCUCCUUUCUUUGCCCGCCCCUUCCUUUAGUUUGACUUAUUUUGCCUUUUCAUACAUGCAGGAUGUCUGUCUUUGUGUGUGUGUGUGUGUGUGUGUGUGUGUGUGUGUGCCAGUCACCCGACUCCGCCCCCUUUGGGUGUCACUCCUCCAGCUCCCCCCGCCCAUGUGCAACCAAUACGGAUGAAGAGUUAAAUGCACUUUUGCAUCAACUUGUUUUUUUUGUUUGUUUUUUUGAGUACUUUGCUGGUUGUCCCGAGGAAGCAUACACACACACACACACACACAAUGUAGCAUCGCAUAUUUAUUCCACCAUGUUAGCUUAGGAGCCACGUGGCUGGGGGGGGGAGGUGCAAUGAUAAUAAAUGAAGGAAAAGAGAGAGCUACUGACCCUGUUAGCCCCACAGACCUCCUGCUGACCUUCCUAAACACACACACACACACACACACACACCCGUCCUUCUAGCAUACCUGGUGGGAGGAGAGAAAAGUGUAUUUUUGUUGUUCUUGUGUUAACUUGUACACUGUGCAAGGUUGAAUGAUGGUGUACAGACUGUAAAAUGUAAUAUUAUUUUGUACAACUUGAUUGAAAGAAAAACAAAUCUACUUGUAGAUCUUUGUGCCUUGAUUAUGGCUGUACCUGUAAAUGAGCUCAGAUGUAAGUAUGUUUUGGACUGCGCUGUACAGCUUGAUGUCAAACUCUCCCUGGGCAGCAGAGGACUUUCUGCUGGCUGGCGGACUUUCUCUGUAGACUUUAGUUUUUUUUUCUGGUUUAUAAAAAAAAACAAAAGAGGAAAUGCUCUUUAUUAAAUAAUACAAAAAAAUAGGGAAAGAAUCCUUAAAAAGCUGUAUACAUUAUGCAAAUUAACCACUUACCUGCAGAGAGGACCAUGCCUUUUCCUCUUUCUGUUCAAUUCUGUUCUUUCAUUUGAUCAUUGCUUUAAAGAAACAUUGGAAAUCCAUUGAAAGCGUCCAAAUUUCAACCUGGUGUUGUUUUGAAUAGGAACCCACAUUCUUGUUUCUUUUUCCUUUCACUUGCGUGUGAGAUCUUUACCGAUGUGCGUGCCUGUGCACGUGUACAUAAGACAUUAUGGACUCACAUGCAGUGUGGGUGCGUGCAAGGAGAGUAUGUGUAUAGAAUUUUAUAAAUGUAUGUACAUGUAAAUUUAUAGGUCUAUAUAAAUAUAUAUGUACAAUUAUACAUGUUUAUGUGUGUGCCUAGGUGUACAUACCUAUGUAUGUAUACAGUAAAUAUGUAUACAUAUGUAUGUAUACAGUAAAUAUGUAUACAUACACACAUAGGAAAGCAUGUUUAGAAUGGAGAGGAAUAAAUGAGAGUGUGCAAUAUUAGUAAUUAUUUUGGUCCUUUGGGAGCCAUAUGCGAUGGCACAGGCACUAAUGAAUGUGUGAGCAGCACCCGACAAGACGAGCUCUUCCCCUUCUUGUACAAACAGCAUCACCCCCCAACCCCCUCCAAAAAAAAAAAAAAGAACUAAAGCGUGACCACAGAGUGACUGGAGGUGCCAGACACCUCGUUUGUGCCCGGGAGGAUGAUGAAUUGAUAUUUUUAUUUUUCUUUAAAUAAAGAGGCACAUUAGAGGAUUUCAUUUGCUUCCUUUC